AAGACACAAGAUCUUCCAAAGAUUCCUGCAGUUCACGAGAAUCCUCGAAAGAGCGUAAAGAUAGUAAAAUAGUAAAAGAAAUGUUCUCGCCUACCAGUAUAACUACAAAACAAAGAACCAAUCUUAGAGAUAAUGAAACAAGGUCAUCUAAGGACUCCUGCGAUGUUCGAGAUUUACCAAACGAUCGUAAAGAUAUUAAAUUAAUGAGUGAAACAUCCAUACCUGCAAGUACACAACAAAAAUAUAAUUUCAAAAAUAAAGAAAUAAAAUCCCCUAAGGACUUUCGCAGUUCACGAGAAUUAGCGAAGGAAAUUAAAGAUGGAAAGGCAGCAAAUGAUACGUGUAUGUUGGCGAGAACAUCUUCGAAAGAAAAGUUGGACAACGCUUCUGUAACAGACCUCAGAGGAAGUAAAAGCAAUCUGAUAUCAAAAGAUUUGACUGAGAGCAAGGACUCAACAGCAAAGAGCAAUAAAGACGUCUGCAAAACGAAAAGUUUGUCGCGCGAGUCGUCCCUUGAUUCGAAAUGCUCUGAGAAGCAAAAGACGUCUAGAUCAAGUAGAGACUCGUCCAGAGAUUCGCGAGAUGAUAAAGUACUACUAAAUUCUCCGAAAGAAAUAACGGCGCACUUUAGGGGAAGUUUGAAGGAAAUUUUCUCGCCACCGAAAAUAAAAUCUGUAACAACAAAAUCGACCACAACUUCAGAACCUAGAUCACUAACAAGAGUAGAAAAAGAGACGCUACAAGCUGUAAAAUCAAACGCUAACGAGAACAAAACAAACGAAAAAUCAAAAGGAAAAAGCAUUAGUAAAGAAGAGGACAGUUGCAGUGGCAAGAGUGACAGUAAAGCAAUAGAGAAACGAGUGCCUAAGUCCAGUAAUAUUGAGGAGUCAAACACGAAGGAGCGAGAAAUUAGUUCAGGAAAAAGAACAUUUACUGCGUCUACAGAUAAUGAAGAAAAGAUUGAAAAGAGAAAAAUCACAAAACCCAAUACAAUUGAAAAACUAUCAGAAAAGACGAAAGAGACUGAUGUAAGUAAGCAGAAGGCUGCUCCCAAUUUUAAAUUUGAAGAAAAAACUGCAGAGAAACUCGUUGAAAAACCGGAGGAAACGGUGAAAGAUUCAGCUAUAGUCCACAACACCAAAAUUAAGGAAAAGAUUAAGGAAAAAACGAUCAAAUCCAAUACGGUCGAAAAAUCAGUUCAUGAUGGAAAAGAAAAGGCUAUUUUACAUAACCCGAACGACACUUCCGAAGAAGCUAAUGAUAAAAAACCAAACUUUUCUACGACGCUACAAAAGUCGCCACCCGAUAAUGCCACAGCAAUGCGAAAGCUAUCAUCUGAUAAGUUAACGAUCGUUUCCAGAUCAUCGCCUAAUAAUUGUCAAGCCGUUCGGAAGUCGUUAUCUAAAGACAACAACUCCGACGUUUUGGAUGAAGCCUCGCCGAAGGCACCUCGUAUUUUAAGGGAUAGAUCCAAAGGGGAUCAAAAAGCUAGACAAGAAGAGCUCCCUAAAGCUUCUCCAGUUAAUGAUAAAUCGGCUACUCUUGCAAUGGAAGCUUCGAAAGUAUCGAAAACCAAAGAUUCUUGUUCAGAAACAAACAAUCCAUUACCGGCGUCCGAAGAACAAAAUAAGUCUUCUGAUGAUUUAUCGAAGUACUUAAAUACUCAUAAAUAUCUAUCAUCACCGACCAACUCGACAUCGAGUCAAAAUAGUGAUACGAGACGUGCCGCGACUCCAAGCGUCAGUGAAAUUUAUCUCAGACGUACGUUGAGAAAACGAGGCGCGGAAUCUCCUUUCGUUGAAAAAGAUGAAGCGAAGAGAUUGUUUAAAGAACCGCAAGUUCAAAAGAAAGGUGCCAAAACUUCUAAGCAAGAAGAAGUCCCGAUAAUAUUUUCAUCACCUGUAGUCAGUUUAGUACAAAAUAAACGCAACCUACGUUCACCUAAUAUUGAAACUGGUAAAGAUGAUUUAUCUAUUGCCGCUAAGAAGCCCAAGCUGGAUUUAACACGAAAAUCUUUGCGGUCACGUAAAGUAGUGGUAGAAGAACUAGGAGAAUUAGAGACAAAAGUGUCUGCACAAAAUACACUAAAAAAAGUAAAGGUCGAAGUUAAAUCUUUACCGUUCAGACAAGAAAAUAAAGAUCAAGCAGCUGAACGACAGUUAAAUAAGCCCCUAACGGAUACAAGAAUUGGAUCCAUCGAGUCAUCUCCUAAAGAAAGUGUUAAAGAAAAGGAGAAAAAGUUUCUAAACAAAUUAUUUUCAAUAAAUCCUGAAGAAAAGAACACUGAAAUUCAUAUCGAGAAAGUAGAAACUGAUGUGAACGAUUCGGAGACAAACAACAGUCAAUCGACUUCUUACAGGAAAAGUUUACGCUCUGAAGAUGCUUUGAAGCAACAAAAUAAUUCAAAAAGGGAAGAAACUAUUCCAAAUUUAUCGAAUAAAUGCACUAUGGAAAGAGGGUCGACUUCACCGUCGCCUAGUAAAAAAACGAACUUUUCUGAUAAGUCUCCCUCUACAAGUGUCAUGACUUUUACAGAAUGGUUACAAACGCAAAAGAAAACAACUGCAACAGAGAAUGAGAAGCAAAAAGUAACGGUCUACCCCCUCACAUCAGAAAUAUCUUGCUCUCCUUCGCAAGGUGUCCAAGUUCUAUCAGCAAAAAUAUCGACGGAUAAAAUAAACAAAGCGGGAAUUGUAAGGAAAACCAAACGAGGAUAUCAAAAGUUUUGGCGCAGACGUAAAAUUUCUCAAAAGUCAUCUGCGAUCAUUGCAGCGGAUGCAGAAUUGGAUAAAAGCACUGUUAAUAGCGUAGAACGUUCGUCAAACAGCACACCUAAAUUCAGAAUUAAAAGAAGCGAGACCGAAACACUAAUGGAUUCUUGGUCUAAGAAAAUGAAAGAAAGCUUAUUAAAUGCUGAUAGUCCACUUGAGAAGCGUCAACGGUCGAUUUUGCACAAGUCUACAUUGCCAGCGCCUACGCUUGGAAAGCUAAAUAAAUUACCAGUGUUCAAAGAAACGACUGUCAUUGAGGAAAAACCAAAGCCUAUUGCUGAAAGCACAAAACAGCAGCAAAAAGUUCAGAAAACACUUACGAGUAGUACCAAAUUAUUACCACCAUCGGAGAGCACAUCCGCAAUUGAGAGUACAGUAUUUCCCAAACCGCAGGUAUUUGUUUCACUUGAUGGGAAAGAUAAAAAGCUCAAUACUUAUGAGUUUACAAGAAGAAAAGAGAAAUCAGUAAACUUACCUGUAACAUCUAAAUCUGAUAUUGAAUUUAAAAUUCCCCAAAAAAAGCUAGGAGUAGUCGUCAAGGACAAAUGUAAGUUGCCUAUACGAAGAUUAGUGGUACGUAUAAAUCGUUCAAUCGUGAGAAGAUAUCUGCAGACAUCUAACCAAACCGAGACGCCGAAGAUUGGUAACGUGUUUAGAGAACCCAAUUAACAAAAGAAAUGAAGGCCCACAAAACGAUAAAAUCCGGUAUCUGGACUAAUAGCCAUGGAAGAAUUGCUCUAUCUAGCUGUCUACCAAAAACAAAAUCAUCACCUUCAUCAAGAAUU